ACCUGCUGCAUUCAUCAAUGUGCUUCUAAUUCCAGUAUCUUCCUCCCACAAGUUAUUUUAUCAAAUCCCACUCCUUAUCACACAAGCUACUUGACUUCAUCAAUCGAUAUCAAUCCAUCAAACCUUUCUUGACCGCUCAUCCUUUCUAUUUUGGUAUCUGAGUGACCACCAACUCAUCAAUCCGUGCCAAUUGCUCUCAAACCUUGAGGACAUAUAACAGAGCGUUUCGUUGUGAAUCCUAUAUCGGGAAGCUCUUUUGUUCAAUCUCCUCAUUGUGCUCCUUAUUUAUUCCCUCUUUGUGGCAGCAGAUACGGACCGCCAACUUAUUACCGCUUUCAAUUCUAAAAGUCAUGCCUCGACCAUCAUCUCAGUCACGCCGACACCGCAACCAAUCUCCCACAUCACCUCUCUUCAAUUGGCGUCCCAGAGUCUCCUCGCCUCUUACUAGCGAGGUGACUUUCGCAAGCCUCGAUGAGAAAUGGCCUAUAUCUGAUAAAUCAGCUGCUAGCCUGGUCGAGGAGUUGAACAUCACCCGGCGAGCAAGCAGCACACAGAUCGGCUUGAGCCUGGUUGUGGACGCUUUAAUGUCCGUUUGGCUAUGUCGGGUCGCAAUGGACAACUUUUUGACGCUACGAUUCCUCCUUGCUGCCAUUCCACCUCCCUUCAACCAGCCUGGAACGAUUCUAUUCUGUAACUCAAACCAUAGCUAUCACAAUCCGAGAGACUAUCCAGUAUUGGCCCCAGGACAGUCGGCCCUCAGCUUGAAAGAGCUUCCAGCUAAUUGCGUCUUCCUACCUCAACUUAUCGUUAAAAUCGGACAAUCUCAAUCUCUGGCGGGGCUCAUCCCUUUGAUUGUGGCUUGUGCGAUUACCCUCAAGUUGACCUUUGGCUAUCUGCUCCUCCGUACCUCUAAACGGCCGAAUGCAGCUUUCAGCUACUUCAAAUCCACCGCCGCUUUGCAUCUCCUGAUCUCAUACACCACAUUUGUUUACAUUCACGUCCAUAUCGACUUGCUUAUGCAUCAAUAUCCUCGUCUCGAGCAAGCCCUGCGGAUCUCGUCCGAGUGCAUCUUCUUCCUCGCUGGCGUCACGGUGUGUUUCUUUUUGCUGGCCAUAGUCGUCGUUCCGCUUCUUUGGAUUUGCAGCAGCUACACCCAUUCACCAGACCUGCGUCUGACAAACGGCACAGAGAAGAGGUCCGACAACAACGCUAAACACUUCAAUCACCAUCAGCAGAACACAAGACACUCUCGCCCUGGAUCUCCAUACAAGAAACAUGCCCUCGCCCACAAAUUUUAGUAAUCCUACGCCAAGGUGGCUAUCUACCCACGUGGGACUAUCCUUUUCCUUCUGAUUCCUGUUGUCGUUUUCAAUACUUGCUUGUUAUGAAAGAGGGUAGAGCCCAACUGAUGUCUAGUCUAUUCUUUUUCACUUUACUUUAUCGUCUCACUCUCUCUUCUCAUAUGAGAACCCCUCCUCAUUAUUAGUAAUCUCCGCAUCACUGCUUUACCUUUGCCUACGCAUUUUCCUUUUUUUCAAUUCCCUUCCUUUCAUGUUUGGAGACCGCAACAGUCGUUUUGCACCUCUCAAUGCUUCUUUUCUCUUUCUAAUCCAAUGGGACAUCCAAGCAUUAAACUUUAAUGAGCGUCUUUCAUGUUUAACAUACUGACGCAACUUGGUGCC